CACGUGCUUCUGCGAGGAACGUUCUGUUAAAGCAACUGCUGCACUCGCUCUCCAUCUCUGUGUGUGCAGGCAGGUGAUUUCGGAUAAAUCGCAUCUGUGGAUAUCCUUGUGGGUGAGACAGCGGUGCGGGUUCUUCCGGAGAUUCCGGGAAGUCGAUGUGGAGAAAAGGUGCCGCAAGAAGAGAAACGUGCGAGCGAUUGUACAGAAGUCGAAGCCGUAGCGAAAGGAGAGACUCUCACAGUAGAGAGACGCGCCGUAUGCCGACCAGAGACUCUGACGAAUGAAACGCGGCCUUUUGCUGAGGUACGAGGAACCCCAAAAAGAGCCCGGAGUUUCGGACUGAAGUUGGCGCCCAGGUGCAAAGGCUAGGACGGCCAUUACCAACCGAGCAUUCUGGGCAGGUGAAAGGCGAAAUGUGCGAAAGGUUCUCAACAGAGUCCCCCGAGGUCGAGGAAGUUGAAAAUUUGCGGUGAGAAAUCGAAGAUGUGGGAACAAAUUCACCGUGGCACUUCGCUGCGCGCGAAAUCGAGCGCGACUCCCCCGAGCUUGGGUGUAUGGACACCUCAGAUUUAGCGAAUGUUGGUCCGCAGUUUUCUGUGGAGCUCGGAACUAGGUUUGCUGCGAAGUUUUGUGUCCAGAGGCUGAACUGGAGUGCGAAUCGAAAGAUUUGUCGUUCUUCGCACGUCCGCGUGUUGAAUCCAAGGAACUGCCCUCGGAACUGCCGCAACGGAAACACGCGGCAAAGUGAAGAGCGUCAACGACGACUGCCAACGCGGACAGCUGGCGCCGCUCUCCCUGUGCGCGCGAGGUCACUCGUAAACCAGGAACCAAAUGGGGGAGGGCCAGCCUCUGCAGAUGCUACCUCGUCGCCUGGUCGAUCCGCAGCGACCUCGCCGAACGCGUCUCUCCUGUCGCCUUCGUCUCCGCUCGCGUUUUCGUCUCGCCGCCGCAGAAUCUCCCUUGUGCCCACGAUGGGCGGCCUCCACGAGGGACACCUGCACCUCAUUCGCGGGGCUGCAUGCACCGGCGACGAGGUCUGGGUCACGAUCUUCGUGAACGCACUCCAGUUCCACUCGGCCAAGGAUUUCUUGACUUACCCCGCGUCGAUCGACGACGACAUGAAGCUGCUCUCUCAGGUUCGCGUCGACCUCGUCUUCAUCCCCUCCCACUCCAGUCUGUACCCGCUCGACAGACGCCCGCACCUGAUCGCAGGCAGCGAAGUACUGUCGACGAUUCCCGCUCGCGGCCGGGGCUUGGAAGACGGGGGCGGAAGAGUCACUAGCGGCCAGUCUGACGACGAGGCAGACGCCAUGGAAGAAGCAGAUCGCGUCGAGCUGUCCCCGGUGGACAGGCUCAACAGAGGCGACGCACGCGCGCGCGAAGUGGACGGCGAUGGCUGCUCGCACUCAGCCUGGAGCCCUCCGCAGCGGCUAUUCCGUAUGCGAGUUGAUUUUGAGGGCAUCGAGGAUGUCGAGGGCGAAGGACGACGCCGAUGUGGAUUCUUUCGAGGCAUCGGGACGGUGGUGGUUCAGUUGUUCACUUUGAUCCGGCCAACCUACGCGCACUGUGGAUUCAAGGAUUUUCAGCAAGUCGCCUGCCUGAAACGCCUCAUCUGCGGAAUGGGUUUGGACGCACUUCUGCUUGCACACAACACGUGGCGCGACUCAGACGGAGUCGCGGCAUCCAGCCGGAACCGCCGCAUGGCGGAGGCAGACAGGCAGAAGGCGAGAAAGUCCUUUCUUCUCCUGCAACAUGUUGGUGAAGUCUUCCGGAAAGGCGAGCGGCGUGUUCACAGACUACUUGAAGAAGCGCGAGCGUUCGCGGAAAAAGAGAACCUCCUUCUGCACUACACAGCCAUCGACCGCUUGGAAGAUGGGGAACCCGUGGUGUACAGACACUCCGGUGGAGCUGUGAAAAGGAUCGAGACACAGGGCGAGUCUGCAGAAAACGAGGAGCGACGCGCCAAGCGACGCCGAACGGAGAGCGACAUCGCGGACGAAACUCCACUUGGAAGGCCAGGGACAGGGUCCCCCAGCAGCUACAAACGGGGCGGGCACCUGAAGGGGGAACUGCAUGCCAAUGGUUCAUCCCGCUCUUCGUCGCCAGCGGACACCGCAGACAUGAUUCUGUUGGACUCUGGGCGAUACUGCUUGACGGUGGCUGUCCGUGGAAAUCCUUUGACGACCGUCGUGGACAGCGUCUUCCUCAUUCCGAACAAUCGCGAGGAUCUUCUGCCGCCUCUCUUCAACACGCCGUGGGAUCACCACUGCGUUGAGCCCAAGUACGCUUGCCUGCCUUCGUUCCUGGUGUUUUCGUCUUUCGGCUUCCACUUGCGCCCGCUGCGGCCGUCGGACCUGAAGCUGGUCGCCGCGGCCGAGCAGGAAGACGCGCGGGUGGAGAGUCAGCAGUCUGCGAAGUCGGCAGGUGUGGCUGCUCCGGAGACUUGCUGCACUCGAACGUUCACCUGGAUGCAUGCGGGGGCUCUGUCCCCGACGAGCACACACGAUGUCUGGGCGCUGGGCUUGUUCAAGCGCCGUCUAGACACUGCACGCAACACCGUCGAUUUUUCGUCUGACACACAAGUUCCCGAUGGAAACGAAGUCUUGAUAGGGUACAUUUGGGCAGACGCGGAAACGCCACGCGCAGCAGCUGCGGCUGGCGGAGCGUCUCCGUGGAGACUGAGACGCGGCUUCAUCACUCGCGCGCGCCGCAGGCGGACGUUUGGAACGCAUCUGUUGAAGGCGUUUCUCGCGACGCUGUACAAAGAGAAAGUGUCCAGUAGCCGGACGGCUUCCAGGGAAGUCCAGGGUGACCCCAUGCCUGCAUGGCUCGCGCCAGCCGUUAGCGAGUGCGGCUUUUCUCUCUUGGACUCCACAAAUCUGAGCAGCGGUGAGUGCCGCCUGCACCUCAAUCUCGACAAGUGGUUUCGUACCUAUGUGACGGACCUGAGGCUGUGAACUGGGACACAGCUACGAACCGUGGCGGCUCUCUGCACAGGAGAGAGGAAUUCAGUGAAUGCAGCGGUAGAAACGAAGCGCAGGGUUGCUAGGGCCGCCGUCAGCUCUGCAGUGCGGUACGAGAAAGUCCGGAGCUGCUGCCGUGGUGGCAGGCUGUGCUGCGUCACGCAGGCCGGGACUUUGAUCUGGCAGAUUCGCGUUCCUCUCAGGCUGCGACCAGUGCGUCGAGGCCAGAAGGCGUGGAUGGAAGCUCCGGUGUGUAGAGACAUCGUCGUAGCUCAUAAUGUGUGUUGUAACGCGCUAGCAGCGGGGAGCCUCUCUGCCGCAUUGUCGAGAGCGGCAGAGAGAGUCGCGUGGAGAUGGGAAGUGGAGGCGAGCAAGCCGAUGUGCACAGUCUGUGUCUUCAGCGCAGGGGCAGGGCCAGUGCCUUCGAAGGAGGGGGAAUCCCGAGUUUUGAUGAUCCUCUGGUGCGUUCAUUCCGGUGCCGGAAUUUGCCGCGCGAAGUUUCCCAAGGGAAAACGUUGUUUCAGACUACCGCCCACUCUGAUAGAAGCACUGAACAUGUCGUGCAAGUUUUGAAAUGUGACAACCCUCUGUUCUGGACUCUGUCCAUGGACUCGAGGAAGCUGUAGAGUACCGUCUCCAUCUUUGUCGUCGGAUAGGGGGAAAACGGUCUGCAGUUAUGUUUUUUUCGAGGCAAACGGAGAGGGCGCCGCGGUAUCCACGGUGCCCCUUGCAUGCGAAGCGCACUCCGAAAACCGCCAUGAAGAGCAGUGGUGGGUGCGGCUUGGUAACGACUUUGCGACCCGCUCGGUUCGCUACACUUCACUCCGGAGUUCCUGUUUGUUUCCAGCGGGAGUUUUUGCACGGCCUGGAGUCUCAGGCGUCCGUGGUUUCCACGCAGGCGGACGCGCACUGCCGGGCGGGCUGACUCUUUCUGUCAUCGGAGCAACGUUCGUGUCUUGUUGUUUUCUGAAAGGUCAUGCGUGCAUUAACAAUGAAGAAUGUGUGCCAGUCCGUUGAUUCGUAGCCAGAAGCGCGAAGCACCUGUGCUCCCCAAAAAAAGUCAGGCACCAGGUGCCGGUUCUGUGUCGGGAGGACAGCAGACGUUGUCAACUGUGUUUAGUCGUGUUUGGUGUCUCUGACCAAGUCAGCUGAUUCGAUGCACCUGUGGGUGUCUGUAUGUACACUUCUGCGCCGACCGGGGGUAGCAGGUUCAUGUUGACAACCUGCAUCUACGGGUCACGGCCAUUUCGUGCAAAACCAGCGAGGCUAUCCGGGGGGACCCGGCGCGUUUUCUGCACCGCUUCCGACCUGGAGAUAAUGCCACGGAUUGCGCGUGGAGUUUGUGCAUUCGAAGAAGCCGCGCUGGUAUACCGUGGGAAGGACAUGUAGACUUUUGUGAAACCUAGCUGAUUCUGUUGGUGUCGUGUCUCAUGAAACAUGCUGGGCAGUCAACGGCCCGGCGACGAGCUUCCUGCGCUGUAGGGAUCUCGCGAAAAACUCGAGUGUGUUGCUAUGUCUGCGGUCCGUCGUGUGCGAGACCGUUCAGCAGCAUGCUGGGGCCAGUAGCGGUUCCCCCCCCCCCUCCCGCCCCCGCUUGUCGUAUGCAUGUUUACCGGACCCUACACGAUAUCGGUAGUGCGGCAUUGCGCCUCCACGAUCCCUGCAGUGCUGGGUGCUCAAAUGUGGGAUAUCACUACGCCGGUGCUGUCUUUUUUUCUCUGUCUUGGUAGUUGUGUAGAUGUCUGUCUGUGUGUAUGUGAGUGCCGUGGCAACCAGGCCGCCACUGGAAGCGCUUUGUCCUUUUGCGAGCAAGCGGCGGUGUUCCCGAUUCGUGUUCAUCACGGUUGACACACUGCGGCAUCGAGACUCUGCUUCGGUGAAGGCGUCUGCUUGCUUGUCUCUGUCCUUUGUAUUGCUUGUUGGGGUUUCCGCACUCAGUGCACCCCUGUGGGUCAAUAAACAAAUGUUUUGUGGCUGCCCACUUCCCGUGGGUGGAUGAGCUUUCUUGGCAGUACCUCGGCGCCUGUACGGGAGUGCCCCACCAGUAGCGGUGGGGGCGACACACACUGUGGGAAACAUUGCGCUGCAGCCGUUGUAAAUUUAUCCCGAGUGCCGCGUCACAGUCGAACAAAGGAGACUUCUCUUGUACAUCCUCUGCUUCUCCCAGUAUUUCCGAUUUUGCUAUCUCCUGUGUCAGUGAGCCUCAACUCGACCGUGGCGGGAGACGAGCCGGAGGCAAAGGGAUGGAGUUUUGGACAGCGACUACUCAUGCGGCUGUGGCGAUGAAUUCUGUCCUGAUUGUCAAAAUAUGUACCAUGAAGUUUUUCUGGAAUCAUCAGGACAAUGAGAAGCUGGUGUUCAAAGGGGCAUACAUCGG